AUGCCUUCCUACGAACACUUUCAAAGUUCCGGCCGGACGCCCCUGCGUGUCUACAACAAGCAGCCAACAUACGAGACCUACAUUUCACCCUAUGGACCAAAAACUAAACACGUUCCCAACCUCAUGGGCUUGAGCCUGCCAAAAGUUCUCCGUUACGGCUCUAUUGCUUCAGGUUUCGGCGUCGCGGCUGGCGUCUUUGCGAUCUUUUUCUUCGGCGAAAUCCCUCGCGUGAGGCAAGAUAUUCUGUCCAAGGUUCCCGUCAUCGGCAACUACUGGAUCAGGGAGGUGCCGCCGGAGGAUAACCCUUUCUAA